AAAUUUUCUCCUCACCCGAUCAUCAAAAUUUAACCUUUUAGAUCAUAGCCAGAAAACCAGUUGUCAAAACACCAGAAAUAAAAUCAAACCACGAAACUCAAUCGAAGUCUCGGUGUGGGUGUUUCAAGAAGGAACCAAAAGAAGAAGAAAACAAAGAAAAAAGCAGAGAAAGCUUUGAGAUUGAAGAAUUUGCAGAAGAGAUUAUGGAUAAUAUGUUAUGUGAUGAACUAUUACAGGAAAUAUUCAAAAGACUGCCAUCAACGCCAUCAUCUUCUUUAUCAGUUUCCUUAGUUUCCAAGCGUUGGCUUAGCCUUUAUAGAAGCUCAAAAGCUUCACUUUCUCUCAGGUUUUCCCCCCAAAAUUCAGUAAUUGUUUCUUUAGCUUCUCUUCUUUCUUAUUACCCUUCACUUUCUUCUCUCUCACUUCUUGUUCUGACUGAUUCAGUCACCAAGGAACCCAAUUCAAGCACUGCCUCCUCUGAUCACCUGCUUUUCAUAGUUUCUACUUCUUGUUCUAAUCUUCAUCAUCUUAGGCUCUUGCCCUGUCCAGUUUCUGUUUCUUCUUUAUUUUCGCUAUCCAAAUCUUGCUCUCAACUUACUUGUAUUACUGUUUCUUUAUCUGAGCCUCUUUUCCUCAGCUGGAUCGUUUCAUUUCCUUGCUUGAAGGAGUUAUGUUUGUAUAUAUGCCCCAAUGAAAUAGUUGACGGUGAAGUUGAACGAUUCAGGUCGUUUUUAUACGAGGAACUGAAUGCAGAAUUCGGUUUAGAAACUCUUUGUUUGUCUGGGAUUCAAGCAGAUGAUAAGGGUGUUGAUUGGCUAUGGAGGAACUGCAAAAGGCUGAAGAAAUUACAGCUAAAGAGCUGUGAAAGUGUUGGUGAUGGAGACUCAUUUUCAUCGUUUAUCUUGUGUGUUAAAGGUCUUCAAGAAGUUGAAUUAAGGAAAUGUAGGAGUAUCGUUGAUGGGGUUUUGUUAAGAUUGGCAGAGAACUGUGUUUCAUUGAAUUCUCUGUUGGUUUAUGACGGAGGAAGCAAAGAAGGUUUGCUGGAGUUCAUAAACACCUGUGGGUCGAAUCUGCAGAAACUCGACCUUAGAUUGCCAUUAGACCUCAACAACAAUCAUCUCGCGGCCGUUGCAACGAAUUUAAGACAUAUCUCAACACUUAGGCUUCAAAGUUGCUGUCUUGUUACAGGUGAAGGUCUAAACACUCUUGGGACUGCUUUACAGAACAGUCUUGAAGAACUGGCAUUGAUAAACUGUGAUGUCGUCGAAAGAGAGAUAGGGUUGUUAGCCACCUUGGGGCAAAGUUUAAGGAUGUUGAGGAAAUUGGACUUGUCUUAUAAUGAGCUAUUGGUUGAUAAAGAGCUUGUUUCGAUGCUCAUUUCAUGCAACAAUCUGACGGAUUUGAAGUUAAGAGGAUGCAGGAAGAUAACUGGUGUGGCCUUGGUUUCUAUAUCUAAGAACAGCAAACGUUUGCGAAGUGUUGAUAUUACAAAUUGUCCCGGGAUAGAAGCCGAGGCUGUCGAGUUCUUUGUUUUGAACUGUUCACAAAUGAGACAAAUGGUGGUCGAGGAGAGCAAGAUUUCUGAUAUUGCAAGAGCAUGGGCAUUGCAUAACGUUAUAGAGGUAACUUCUGGUUGAUCAAUUGAUUGAUUGAAGUACAUAAUAUAUAUUUAUGUAUACACCAAAACUAUUGCUUGUUUUCUGUAAAUAUCUCAUUGAAAGGAGCUGCAAUAAUCAUGCUUAAAACUGUUUGUUAUUGAAAUAAGAUACCUGCAACCUAAUAGAAUAAGGGAUUGCAGUUUUUAAAAUUCGAACAUCAGCUGUAUCAUAUGUUGCCUUGUAAGGGUGAUGAUAUAAAUUAACCGAGUUAAGUCUCGGAUCGGUGCAAUAAACCAUUUUUCAUAUUCAUGAUACUUGCAAGUUUACGAGUGAUUGAGU